AGAAGUAGCAACAAGAGAAUCCACUGCCGUUGCUGAUGAUGAUUACCGUACAGCAUCCAUCAAAACAAAGAACAACAUGAAGAUGGUUGAUGGGGAUUCUUUACGUAAAAUUCAAGUCAAUGAUCUUUUCGAGUGUGCGCGAUGCCUCGCUGCCAAAAGCUGCUAUGCAAUAAAUUAUAACACAGUUACAAGAGACUGCUAUGUCAGCAACAGUGCUGUGAGUGACAAUCACAAAGAUAUCAUAUAUGCAGUGCAAUAUAUAUACGGGGAACUCCUCUCGACUAAAGAAAAGCCGUCAUCAGGCAUCCAUCCGAAUUCUUGUAGUGAUUUAAAAAGAAAGUCACCAUUAACAUUAUCAGGUCAUUAUGUCAUUGAUCCUGAUGGCCAAUCAGGAAAAGCCCCAUUCAUGGUAUACUGUGAUAUGACUGACAAGGGAGGAGUGGGUGUAACAGUUGUCAGUCACGAUAGCGAGUUUAGAACUCUUGUUGAUGGCUAUGGCCCUGCAGGGUCCUACAUUAGAARCAUCAACUACAGUGUGCCAAUUUCMCAAUUGGCAAAAUUGACCAAUAUAUCAGCUAAAUGUGAACAAUUUAUCAAAUUUGAGUGCAACAAUGACAUACAAUUCCUUGAGGGCAGCGGUUGGUGGGUWUCACGUGAGGGUAAACGUGAAAACUACUGGGGAGGAGCGACGCCGGGUAGUAGAAAAUGUGCCUGUGGAAUGACCAACACCUGCCAGAACAAAGCCAAAGGCUGCAAUUGUUACAAUGGAGGCAAAGGAUGGAGAAGUGACAGUGGUUUUCUUACAGAGAAAUCAAAGCUCCCUGUUAUACAACUGAGGUUUGGUGAUACUGAUGAAGCUGAUGAACAAGGUUACCAUACGCUUGGCAAACUGAGAUGYUACGGAAACAUUUGAGUUGUUACUAUUCGAACGGUCUAUUGUUUACUCAAACCGUUAUUAACUUCAAUGAUCAUAACUGAUUCGUCCUUGGAUAUUCUUAAGGAAGAUAUUCGUUUGAAACGUACACAUUAAUAGACCCCUUGCAGUUCAUGGGAAUGCAGCUACAACUGGAGGACAAAACAAUAGAUUCUAGUUCCCAAGAGGAUAAAAAUCUUUUGUUUUGUCCUCCAGAUGAAGCUGCUUUGACGUCACAUGCAAGGGGUCUAUAGCGGACUUGCGAAAAAAAAUUAACAUGAUAGACUUUUGCAAAUGCCAGACUUUAACCUACAAUUCUAUCAUGUUAAUUUAAGUCUCACUAUCUAGUCUAGAUCCUACAUUCAAACAACCUAAAUAUGUAUAAUAUCAUUCUUCUAUCAACGAAAAUCAUUUUGCAUUUGUUGUAAAGUAGCCGCACUGAGGAUGAGGUCUGGCACCUCGAAACAUAUGUCUUCAUAUAACAUUAAAAAUGUUUU